UGGCUGUUAAUGUUAAAAAGGAUCAGGAUCUUCACUGAGUGCACCUUAAGUUGGUGUAAAGUGACUGAGUACCAAGUAAUAUUUUCAAUGCGUAGUAGGGACUGGGAAAGCAUUGAGCCUCUAAUGGGAACCUCACACAAUAAAUUCAAAGGGAAAGCGGUGGGGAAGCUGACACUGGCAUGAAUCGGCAUUUGCCCUGCCGCCGGUCUGGGCCCCCUCCUCCAUCUCUCCGCCGACCCCACUGCUCCUCGCCCAGGUUCCUCUCGUCCUGUGACUGUUUUUCCGACUGCAAAGGCCCUCCCCCUUCUCAUCCUCUGUCUUGCUCUUACUCACUCUCCCUUACACGCUGUCUCCCGGGUUCUCCCUCUUGGGCUCUUUUUUCCCUCCUCUCCCCGCCCACUCCACACUCGAGCUGGAACGAAGAUGCCGGCCGCCUAGCGAGCGCGGACUUUGCAGCGGGACACCGGGAAAGUCAACAAGCCCUGAAAAACAGGAUUAAUAUACAGAGAACCGAUCCAAGGAUAAUUGCUGUUGAGAAUGGAGAGCUCGCUGCAAGAGGGAUCACUGUGGGGCCAUCCUUCAGAAGAGCAAUCUCAGGAGCCCCUCACGAUACUGUCUGCCCUGAUCUCUUCUAAAGAACAAGAAUCUGUGACCUUCAAAGAUGUAGCCAUAGACUUAACCCAGGAGGAGUGGACCCUGAUGGACAGGUCCCAGAGGAAGAUGUACAUUGAUGUGAUGCUGGAGAACAUCACUCAUCUGGUCUCCGUGGGGUGUCAGUUCUUCCAAUCAGAUGUGAUUUCCCAGUGGGAACAAGGAGGGGUGCUGUGGAAGGAAGAAAGAGGACUUGCCCAAGGCUGGAGUCCAGGCUUGGAAAACAGCCAUAAAAAGGAAGAAACAAUAUCUAUGCAAGAUAUCUUCAAGGAGGACCCAUCUAACUACAACACAAUACAGAAAUAUCACUCAGGAGAAGACCCCUUUGAACAUAUUGGGUAUGAUGAAGUUUUCACUCAGACCUACACAUUGACUCAACAUGUCUUAACUCACACUGGACAGAGACCCUAUAAAUGGAGCGAAUGUGGGAAACAUUUCAGUCAUAGAAGCGACCUUUAUAGACACCAGAAAACUUACAUGGAAGCAAAACCUUAUAAAUGUAAUCAAUGUGAGAAAUGCUUCCAUAAUAGAAGGAAGCUUUGCAUACACCAGAGAAUUCACACGGGAGAGAAACCCUAUAAAUGUGAUGAAUGUGGAAAAAACUUCAGUCGAAAUUCCCACCUUCGUUCCCAUAAAAUAACUCACACAGGAGAGAAUCCGUUUGUUUGUAAUCAGUGUGGGAGUCACUUCAGGUAUUUUUCAUCUUUAACUAGACAUAAGCAUAUUCAUUCUGGACAGAAGCCUUAUGAAUGUCAUCUGUGUGGGAAAGCCUUUGUUCAAAGUUCUUACCUUAAACAACAUGAGAGAACACACACUGGAGAGAAACCAUAUAAAUGUCUUCUAUGUGGAAAAGCCUUUGUUACAAGCUCUAAUCUUAGAGAACAUGAGAGAACUCACACUGGAGAGAAACCAUAUAAAUGUCAUCUAUGUGGAAAAGCCUUUGUUCAAAGCUCUUGUUUUAGACAACAUGAGCGAACACACACUGGAGAGAAACCAUACAAAUGUCAUCUAUGUGGAAAAGCCUUUAUUACAAGCUCUUGUCUUAAAAAACAUGAGAGAACUCACACUGGAGAGAAACCAUAUAAAUGUCUUCUAUGUGGAAAAGCCUUUGUUACAAGCUCUAAUCUUAGAGAACACGAGAGAACCCACACUGGAGAGAAACCAUAUAAAUGUCCUCUAUGUGAAAAAGCCUUUGUUACAAGCUCUAAUCUUCGAGAACACGAGAGAACUCAUACUGGAGAGAAACCAUAUAAAUGUCAUCUGUGUGGAAAAGCCUUUGUUACGAGCUCUUGUCUUCGAGAACAUGAGAGAACCCACACUGGAGAGAAACCAUAUAAAUGUCCUUUAUGUGGAAAAGGCUUUGUUACAAGCUCUUGUCUUAGAAAACACGAGAGAACCCACACUGGAGAGAAACCAUAUAAAUGUCCUCUAUGUGGAAAAGCCUUUGUUACAAGCUCUAAUCUUAGAGAACAUGAGAGAACUCAUACUGGAGAGAACCCAUAUAAAUGUCCUCUAUGUGGAAAAGCCUUUGUUGAAAGCUCUAAUCUUAAAGAACUUGAGAGAACUCAUACUGGAGAGAACCCAUAUAAAUGUCCUCUAUGUGGAAAAGCCUUUGUUACGAGCUCUUGCCUUUGAAGACAUGAGAGAACUCACUUUAAAUGUAGUGAAAGAACAUGGAAGAGCCUUCAGCCACAGCUCUAAUCUAUAAUCUGAGAAUUCAUAAGUGGGGGAAAUUUAUGGCCAUAUUCAUUAUGGAAAUGCCUUCAUUUUAAAUUUAUCCUUACACAACAUGAGUGAACUCCAUUUGGAGGAACCCUAUAUUUAUCAUCGAGGAGGAAGAGACAUUAGCUAAUCUCCGGUUGUAGGGUGCACAAGAAAAUUCAGUAUGAAUGAUAAUCUAAUCUCCCUGGAAGGGAAAUUACACAGGAGAAUCUUAAAAAAGGAGGUCACUCUAGGAGAGUAACAAAAAUUGAUGCUGGGGAGCUUAUUCAUUGUAAUAUGCAUGGAAAAAACAUUUACUAGUAGAAAAACUAUUGUAGGCAUGUGAAGUUUCACACUCUGUAGAAUAGUGAAUGAAUGGAAGUCUUCAGUGAUUUUUAAUUCCUUAGUCAACAUGCAGUUUCUCACAUUGUAUAUAUGCCAUUGCUAAAAUCAGAUGAAAGGUUAGAGUUUGCAUUAGAAAUCCCUGACUAGGAAAAACAUCUAUUGAGAAUGUCUAACCACACAGUUUAGACAUUAAUUUAUAUUUUUGCCUGAUGGCCUAUUAUAAAAAUGUAAGAAACAUAUGUAGGAUUGUGACAUCAUCUGGGAAUUCUGAAUGCAGAAUUUUAUGACAAUUAUUUUCUUCCUUAAUGGAUUAGUAUGUAGAACUGCAUAUGAAGCAAAAUUGUUGCUAAAAAAUCCAUUAUAUUGGUUAGGUCCUAUUUUUCAUACAGCAAUAAUUAUGAUUGGGUUCAACUAGAAAGUAAUGUUGAAUAUUAACUGAAAAACAACACAAGAUGAUGUGUCAUUACUACAUAUUGUUAACCAUGUAUGUAGAUUAUAAUGAUGAAUUAAAGAUUAAUACAUAGUUUGUGACCGAA